AUGCUGCCUUUGCCAGCCCGAGUUAGGUAUCAGUUCGACUCUGAUGGUUGCCCAUAUGUCACAGACAACGUAUUGACAACGCUGCAAAAAGAAGUGGAGCUAGUUCUUCAGAGCCCCUUGACUACUACUCAAAGAUCAGACGGAAAAAGACUUUGCCCGUUUUGUCCUUUUCGUGGCUUCAAGCAGAUGAAGCAAUUGCGUGUUCAUCUCGCAAAACAUCAUACCAAGAAGACACAAUUUGUGGCAAGCGGCACCAAGCAAGUGAAAGUGAUUAUGGCUCUGUACGAUGAUGCUGCAUCUUCUCAGUCGGAAUGCUCGGCACUCUUGCGAAGAAGCGCUGAAAUUAUGCGGCGCACUGUGGUGCCUCCUUUGCCAGCGAACGUGAACGAUGUGGAUCGGCGCAUUCGUUUAGUUUACGACGCGUCUGGCCCAACGUUCAUGAACUUGACCGCUGUCGGAAAUUCCGUGCAUGUUCGGCGUGCUCGCAAUGUCUACUACACGCAUUCCUUUGCAGACUUAUUACUGCGAGAAAUGAUUCUCAGCCACGCGCAGGUUGCUUGGAUUGCACUAGUUUUUUUUUUAAUGUUGAUUCUGUGCGCUUGCUAA